CACUGUUUCUAUUAUUCCUUCCAAAUUAUCCAAAUUUAACUAGCCUUAGCUGCUAGGCUUUCGAUCGAAUUGUUCUCUCUCUGUCUUCUCUUCUGUAUAAAAACCCCCCGCCAAGAGUCAUUACAAUCAUGACUUACAUGGCUAACCACCACCAACAACGAACCAAACUCGAACAAGAAAGCCCCAUAAGCUUAUUGCCUGAAGGCUGCAUCGCCGCCAUCAUCUCCUGCACCACCCCUCGUGAAACAUGCCGCCUGUCUUUGGUUUCUUCCAUUUUCAAGUCCGCCGCCGAAUCCGACGUAGUCUGGGAGAGCUUCUUGCCAGCCGACUACCAAACCAUCAUUUCUAAGUCUUCCCCUUGCCCGUCGUCUUCUUCUUCUUCUACGUCUUCUUUGCUUGGUCUGCCUUCGAAGAAGGACCUCUUUCUCAGCCUCUGUAACCAACCGAUUCUCAUUGACGAUGGGAAAAAGUUCUUUUCCUUGGAUAAGCAGAGUGGGAAGAUAUGUUGCAUGAUAUCUUCCAGGGACCUCACGAUUGUGUGGGGUGAUACUCCCAAAUAUUGGAGAUGGACUUCUCUUCCCGGCGCAAGGUUCCAAGAGGUUGCUGAGCUUAUAGGUGUAUGUUGGCUCGGGAUAAGUGGCAAGAUUAGUACUCAGAUUUUGUCACCAGGUACAAACUAUGCAGCUUAUCUUGUGUUCAAGCCAACAGCAGGGUCUUACGGGUUUGAAAAUCAGCCUGUAGAGGUCAGUGUUGGACUUGUGGGAACUGAAAACCAAAAACGAUCCGUGUAUUUGGUUACAGGAAGACGUCUGUGUAUGCAAUAUCUGUUAGGGAGGCCUCCUAGUCUUCUUUAUCGCAGCCGCAGAGUCAAGUGGCAGGCAUCUUUGGCAAGAGAGAGAGGAGAUGACUGGCUUGAAGUCGAGUUAGGUGACUUUUACAAUACAGGAGAUGAAAACGGUGAAUUGGAAAUUAGUAUUUUGGAGACGAGGGGUGGUCACUGGAAGGGUGGCCUUAUCAUUCAAGGAAUUGAGAUAAGGCCAAAGCAGGGUGUAUAAAUAAAUGAUCUUCUUCCUUAAGUAUUGCCAUUGACAUAAUUAUAACAGCAUUUAUUAGUAAGACAGCUUUUCUCUAGUGUCAAUACCUAGUGUUUGUGUGUUUAUUCUGCAAAGCAUGUGACGUUCCCUUAAGUGAUAUGGCAAUUUGCUUGUUCUGGGAUUCAUUUGAGCUUUUGUGCCAAUUGAUGUUUUUUUGAGAUGAUUAUCUUCUCAGUUUGCUUUUGAGUAUGAGUCCAUGUAUCGGGCAGAUUUCGAUGACAUAUUAACAGAUCUCAUGGUAGUACAAUAGUUAAUAGUAUGACAUUAUGUUAUAUUUUGCAAUAGAGGAAGAAAUGUUAAUGGAAGUUAGCAAUA